AUGCUGCUCUUCUUGCCUGGAGUCUACUUGCUUGCAGCCACUGUCUGCAUUCUUGGUCUUGUGGCUUUGGCGGAACUCUUGAUCCCCGGCUACAGCCCGAAGGUUCUCCGAGUAGCCUUGUCAAGAGUGUUGAACACCAUCCUCGUGUACAGGUUCCCCAUUCAGACCCCAGACAGACUCGGAUCCAUCCCGUCCUGUCCCUACCAAUGGCCCAAUUGUCAAGGAGACGAUGGCAAGUUUCUGUCCGGCAUUGAAAACUCGGCGCGCUGGCACGCCGAGCACGGGACCGUCUAUCGCAUAUGGUCUGGCAUGAAGCCCGAGAUCGUCUUGACCGAGCCACGCCAGCUCUCGGCAGUCUUCAGGGACUCGGACAAGCAUACCAAGGCGCCUGCCAACAACUCGGGCGCAUACAUGGACCGUCUCCUCGGGCAGUGCGUGGGUCUCAUUAGCGGCCAAGGCUGGCGGCGGGUCCGGAGCGUGGUGGAGAGAGCGUUUGGAUUCCGCGCGGCCUCGUCACCGGCGACGUCGGCGAGCAUCGAGCGGCUCGUGGAGCGGCACUUUGAAGAGCUGUCGCAGACGGAGCGCGUCCGGAACGGCAUUCUACACCCGGCCGAGGAUUUGAAGAUGCUUCCCUUCUGGGUCUCUGGAAUACACGUGUUGACCAUUCUCACAUGUUCCCCAAUUGUCCGUUGCGACAGUAACAAGGCCGGCUGCGCCCGCUGUAUGCAAAACAACCUCAACUAUGUCUACAAAGUCUCCAUGGUUGGGCGAACAUCCAAGAAGCGGCAUGCCCCCAAUGCGGGCAUCGCCGAGCCGCCACACCGUCGGAGGCGCACCAACUCGACAGGCCAAGAAACAGCCGACCAGUCCAGGGAAGUGGAUGGAGACUCGGACUUCUUUUGCUCUCCGGCUGCAGCGGUCUCGAGCGAUACGCCAAGUGCCUCUUUGCCCAAAUCUAUCGACCCCGUCAACACCCAGUUUCUGGCGGCGACGGGCUAUAGCAGCUCCCUCAGCCUCGACGACUUUUCCGUCAUGGCGCGGUCGCAGCUCGACUUUUCGACGGGGCCCCUGGAAAAUUGGUGGGAGCCGGCCGGAGGCGGAGCCGGUGGUGACGACGGAAGCUCCGGAGGCGGAGACGGAGGCGGCGGCCCCGUUCCCGAAGGGUCCCACCGCAGCGGCAACCAUGCCGACAGCGCCGCCGAUGACGACGGUCGCAGGCGGCUGGCGCAGCUCAUGUCGCUCUGCCGCAAAGCCCGCAAGCUCGAAGGCCAGCUCGAGUCCCGGCUCAGCACGCUGGACGAGAUCAUGAAGAUGAACAAGACGUACCUGGCCGAGAUUUUCAACAUGACGGGCGCCAAAAGGGAUGGGGAGGAGGGCAAGGAUGGCUGCCGCACCUGCCGGUGCUCCCUCGCCGUCAUGGCCACCUGUCUCGACACCAUGCUGACCCUCUUCGAGAACGUCCUCAAAGCGUCCUGGCUCAAUCCCCGAGGCAGCCAAUCGUCGCCGUCCGGCGAGCCCUGCAUGCCCAGCCUGCACUUUGGCGUAUUCGAGGUCGAUCCCGUGGAGCAGGCCGCCAUCGCGCGGAGGAUCCUGUCCCGGGAGCUGCAGAGUUACCGGGACGUCGUGCGCAUGCUGGCUGCCACCUUGAACAGCCGCUCCAAUGAUAAUUUUACAGGCUCAUGGGACAAUGGUACCUGUCGCUGA